GCUCGGGGGUGGAGGCAGGGUCUCACUUUAGGAGAGGGAGUCCGAGGAGCGGCCGUGGCUUCUGAGGAGCAACUUUAUUCAGUCAGAGUGGUGAUAAGAACCCAUCCUGGUUGCUAUGGCGACACCCAAUGAGAUGGAGGAUGGUGGCGAUCAGACAGUUCCUGAUGGAGACGAGGAGGAAAGGAGCGUCCGGGGAAUUCAGUCUCACUACCUGCGCUGUCCGUCCCCCAGUUUCUCCAUGAUGUCAGAGUCCAGGUUCUCCAUGAUCUCUGGGUCGGAUGCUGCCAGCAUCUUCAUGGAGCCCAUCCACCUCUCCUCGGGCGUCGCUGCCAAGAAAAUCAUCAACGAGGGUGAGAAAUAG